UGCGGCCAGAGCUGGGAUUUGUAGUUCGUCGCCUUCCCUUCGCCCUGCCCCUGGAGCUGCCCGCAGGGCUGCGGCUCUUCUGCCGGAGAGAGGAGCGAAGCAGGCUGGCACGGCUCGGCACGGCUCCGGGGGGAGCAGCUGAGAGCAGGGAUGGAUAAGAUACUGGAAGCUGUGGUGAUGUCCUCCUACCCCAACAACGUGAAGCAAGGCCUCGUGAGGCGUGUCAUCGAGGCGUCGAAGCAGCCCAUGGACAGUGAGCAGUGCUGGUCUAUGCUGGAGCUGUGUACCAAGCUGUAUCUCGUGGGGGACACCAAAUAUAAAAGAGAGAUUGGGAAAGAGGUUUUGGAGGUCUAUGGCCACUACCACCCGGAGGAAUUUGAGGAGUUCUUCAAUGUCCGCUUCCUACUGAGUCUCCUCCAGGAAGGCUACGGGCCUCUGGGGAAGAGAAGCCAUUACAUCCUCGAUUAUAUCCAGUUAGGGCUGCAGUUUGUCUUGGAAAGCCCAUCAGCAAGCAGCAUUUUCAGCUUGUUGAGGAUUGAGGUGCUCCGGAAAGUCUGCGAGAGGCCCGGCCCCAAGCAGUGCGCCAAGAUCAGCAAACUCUUAACCCAGCAUCCUCAGUGCAUUCCCACGGGCAAGCAUCAGGUCUUGUUUUGUCAGCAGCUGAUCCGGUGCAUCGGGCAGUUCCAGUGCGUCUCCGAGGGGGAAGAGGACAUCAUGGAGUUUUUGGAGCAUGUGAACAAGGUGAGCGGUCUACUGCAGAGGAUCUGGAGGACUCAGACCUCAGCCAUCCUGCCCUCGUUGAAGGAGCUGUUCACUAUCAUUUCUUCAACAGAGGAGCAGGAAGCGCCAUCCAACGCCUUGGCCAGCGUGGUCCAGUUUGUGCCUCUGGAGCUGAUGGAUGGGGUCAUAAGGAACCUCACCAACGAUGACAGCAUCAGCGACGUGCAAAUGAUGAUGGCCAUUGGCAGGAUGAUUGACUGGGUGUCCUGGCCCCUGGGAAAGAACAUAGACAAGUGGAUUAUUGCUCUCCUGAAGGGUUUGGCUGCGGUGAAGAAGUUCAGCAUCUUGAUUGAAGUUACUCUUUCCAAAAUCGAAAAGGUCUUCUCCAAGUUGCUGUACCCCAUCGUGAGAGAGGGAGCUUUGUCUGUCCUGCAGUACAUGCUGCUGAGCUUCCAGCACUCCCACGAAGCCUUUCACUUGCUGCUCCCUCACAUCCCCAGGCUGGUGGCCUCUCUGAAGAAGGAGGACUCCAACUCUGCCACCAGCUCCCUGGAGCAGCUGGCCGAGCUCAUCCACUGCAUGUUCUUCCGCUUCUCAGGAUUUCCAGAUCUCUACGAACCAGUCUUGGAAGCAAUUAAAGCUCUUCCAAUUCCAAACGAAGACCGGAUUAAACAUCUCUUGGGACAGAAUGCUUGGACCUCCCAGAAGAAUGAGCUAGCCUGCUUCUACCCACGCCUGGCAUCCAAAUCAGAGACAGGAAAGAUUGGCUUAAUUAACUUGGGAAACACCUGCUACAUGAAUAGCAUCAUACAGUCUCUUUUCAUGGCUUCAGACUUUCGGCAUUCAGUGUUGAAUUUAACCGAGGGCAACUCCCAGCCCCUGAUGACAAAGCUCCAGUGGCUCUUUGCGUUUUUGGAGCACAGUCAGCGACCUGCCAUCUCACCUGAGAGCUUCCUCUCUGCCUCCUGGCCACCCUGGUUUACCCCCGGUGCUCAGCAGGACUGCUCGGAGUAUCUCAAGUACCUGCUGGAUCGAUUACACGAAGAAGAAAAAACUGGGAAGAGGAUCUACCAGAAACUCAAGGAGUCCAGCUUGAUGUCUCAGGCCGUGGAGCAUCAUUACUUAAACAAGACAUUGAUUGAGAAGAUGUUUGGGGGUAAAAUGAUGACAAAGAUCCGCUGCUUGAAGUGUCUGAAUGUCUCCUCCCGAGAAGAAGCCUUCACAGACCUAUCGUUGGCUUUCCCCCCGCCAGGCAGGCACAUACACAGGCCAGGGAGUGUCUCUGUUCUACCUGUGGAAGAAAUUGGCCCGCAGUUUAUCAAGCCUCCUGAAAACCCAAACCAGGUAAUGGGGUCUCCUUGGGUCCGAAGAAAGCCCCCUGUGUCCGGAGACCUCCCAGUUCAGCCGUUGCCGGUGGAAACGUUGGGUUUUCAGGAGGCUGGAGAACCAUCAAAUCCCUUAAGCAGCGAUGCUGUUGGAGCAGAAUCAACCAAAGACCCAAUACUGGCUUUCGGGGAGCAGGCGUCCGCUCCCAAGGACUCCCGAUCAGUCCCGGAUUUAAUCAACUAUUUCCUGUCCCCGGAGAGACUGACAGCAGAGAAUAAAUACCACUGUGAGAAAUGUGCUUCCCUGCAGGACGCCGAGAAGGUGGCGGAGCUGACGGAGGGGCCGCACUACCUCAUCCUCACACUGCUGCGGUUCUCCUUUGACCCGCGGACCAUGAAGAGGAAGAAGAUCCUGGACAAUGUCUCCAUCCCUGUGGUGCUCAAGCUACCUGUCCUUGUCUCCUCGGAGGAAACUGAGGAUGUUUGGCAACACAGAAAGGGCAGAGCUGGCCUGGGCAGCAGUUUUGUGUCCGUCGUGUAUGACCUCUGCAGCGUGGUGGUGCAUUCGGGCAUCUCCUCCGAGAGCGGACACUACUACUGCUACUCCAGAGAGUGCACUGACACCGUUCCCCACGGGCAGCCGCGGGACGGGGCACCGAAACCAGCUUCCGACAAGCAGUUGGACUUUGAAAUCCAGUGGUACCUCUUCAACGACACCAGGGUUUCCUUCUCCUCCUUCGAAUCAGUCAGCAACGUGACCUCUUUCUUCCCCAAGGACACUGCCUACGUGCUCUUCUACAGGCAGCGGCCGGGCAGGCAGAGCUGCCCGCUGCACGAGGCUGUGGCGGAGGCCGGCCACCUGCAUGGUGAACCCUCCCUCAAUAAGGACUUGAUGGAAGCCAUCUCCAAAGACAACAUCCUCUACCUGCAGGAGCAGGAAAAAGAGGCGAGGAACCGAGCUGCCUACAUUUCCGCCUUGCCGAAAUCCCCGCUGUGGUGGAGGGACUUUGACAGGGACAAGGACGAUGACAGCUCCUCGGGGGGAUGCAGCCCUGCGGCGGGUGGAGGUGGGUCUGGCUCCUUUCAUGGACUUGUCUUCUAGCAGCUGGGUUAAACCAGAACAUCAAACAUCCCCGUGGCCAACCCAAAGCCAGAGGCUCCUCUUCCUCACCCUGCUGACAGCGAGCACCUCAGAGGAAGAUUUGGGGAAUGUCGUGAUGGAAAAGGACUCGGGCUGAUUUCGAGACUGCAUUGCUGGCACCUGGAGGGUUGUCCUGCUUCCUAUGCACUCAGUCUUAACGCCUUAACCCUAGCAGCUCAGCGCCUGCAGACAGUUUGGAGAAGUGCUCUUGUGCUUCAGCGCAGCCGUGUCUUGCCUGCUGCCACCAGCCUGGGGAGGGCACGGGGUGGGGUUUGGGGAAGAACCCAGCAAUGGUCUGGGGAUGGAGGGUCCCACCUGCAGCCUUUUCUGUGGCACUGAAUUUUGGGGGAAACUCUCCACAGUUUUUUUU